AUGACGUCCAUGUCCGGCAACAACCCUUCAAAUAACGCGAGUGAUCGCUAUGCAAGCGAAAGUUUUGAUGUAUUUACCAGAAGCAAGAGCGUUCGUAAUACGUUUGCCGCUUUCUUUUGCUUAUGGGUCAUGUGGGCUCUCUUAUGGCUGAUGAGACUCUUCUUUUCGAGAUCGGCUAAAAGUGGAGAUACAACUAAUCACUCAUCCGCGGAUCGUGGAACAACGACCACUGGUACCGGUAACACGAGAGGACAUGGCAUUGGAAAGAAUAUUAAAAGAGCUCAUGAAUAUGCCACACAUUUGCUAUUGGGUCUGCUCAGUGCCCUUAUCGUUAACAGUCUGGGUCGUGGCUCGGGAGUCUCGGUCGAGGUUCUUAGCUGGGUGUACUUUGGACUCGCUCUCACAUGGCUUGUCCUUGAAUUAAUGGGUAUACGAUUCGCAAGAAUGGUUCUAGGCCCAAUCGAAGCCAUUCUUUUACUUGUCAUUUUCAUUAUCGCGUGGUCUUGGGGCUGGCCUGUAUGGCUACCAUGA